UUUGAAGUUACUCAAAGAUGGCGGAGACGGACGAGCCGGAGAAGAAAAGAAGGAGAGUAGUGGAGCUGACUGAGAAGAUGUUGGUGGAUGGAGACGCUGGAAGCACCUCUGAUUGGGAUGACCGUUGGAACCAUAUCAAGAAGUUUUUGGAAAGAUCAGGUCCAUUCAUGCAUCCUGACUUUGAACCUAGCACAGAGUCCUUGCAGUUUAUGUUAGAAACCUGCAAAAUCUUGGUCAUUGGUGCUGGUGGUUUGGGAUGUGAGCUGCUAAAAAACCUGGCCUUAUCAGGCUUUCGCAACAUUCAUGUUGUUGACAUGGACAACAUUGAUGUUUCCAACCUAAAUCGACAGUUCCUCUUCAGAGCUAAAGAUGUAGGUCGGCCCAAGGCGGAUGUUGCUGCUGACUUUAUAAACAGCCGUGUGCCUGGAUGCUGUGUAAUCCCCUAUUUUAAAAAGAUUCAAGACUUAGAUGAAACAUUCUACAGACAAUUCCAUAUAAUUGUGUGUGGAUUGGACUCUAUUGUGGCGAGGAGGUGGAUGAAUGGUAUGCUGCUAUCUUUGCUGGUGUAUGAAGAUGGUGUCUUAGAUCCAUCAUCCAUCAUUCCUCUGAUUGAUGGUGGGACUGAAGGCUUUAAAGGCAAUGCCAGAGUCAUUCUCCCUGGCAUGACAGCCUGCAUUGACUGCACACUUGAACUUUACCCUCCCCAGAUCAACUUCCCCAUGUGUACAAUAGCCUCAAUGCCUCGUCUGCCAGAACAUUGCAUUGAGUACGUGCGAAUAUUGCAAUGGCCGAAAGAGAUGCCCUUUGGAGAUGACAUGGCUCUGGAUGGAGAUGACCCAGAACACAUCCAGUGGGUGUACCAGAAAUCUCUGGAGAGGGCAGCAGAGUUCAGCAUAACAGGAGUCACAUAUAGACUAACACAGGGGGUUGUUAAGAGGAUAAUCCCUGCUGUAGCAUCCACAAAUGCUGCCAUUGCUGCUGCUUGUGCAACUGAGGUUUUCAAAAUAGCAUCAAGUGCAUAUUUACCUCUGAAUAAUUACAUGGUCUUCAAUGAUGUUGACGGCCUGUACACAUACACCUUUGAAGCCGAAAGGAAGGAAAACUGUUCAGCUUGCAGCCAAGUACCUUCGGACCUACACUUUUCUCCAUCUUCCAAACUCCAGGAGGUGUUGGACUACCUGACCGAGAGCACCUCCCUACAAAUGAAAUCACCUGCCAUAACAACAACGAUGGAUGGAAAGAAUAAGACUUUAUAUUUACAGUCGGUUGCUUCCAUUGAACAGAGGACGCGGCCAAAUUUGACCAAAACCCUGAAGGAGCUGGGGCUGGCUGACGGACAAGAGCUGGCUGUAGCUGAUGUCACCACACCUCAGACUGUGUUGUUCAAACUCUGCUUUACCUCAUGAGACAGAAUCAAGCACCUCUACAACUCAUCUAAAAGCUAUAACAGUUUACUGCUUAUUCAGUCAAAAUGUCUACCAUUAUAACCUAUUUAACUGUUCCAGUACAAGUAUUGACUAAAGUUAACAUUUUCCACUGAUUUCAACUUGGUCAUGUUUUGGUGAUACAUUGAUGUCAGAUUUCUGCAUUAAUAUUAUUUUUGCUGGAGCCUAUAGCAUGUUCUGUGCAAUGACAGAUGCAAGGGUUACUGUUUUAAGAUUACUUUGUACUUGUUUUACAAAUGAAUAUUUAUUUAUUUCAACUCAUUUUUUUUAGAUGUUUAGCCACUGAAGUGGUAAAACACAUCGACGAUGAUGAUGUGUGAACUGGAAUAAAAUAAUCUUUUUUUUUGUUUGUUUUAAAAA